UGAAAAGAACAGACCAAAAGAAUAUAAUUGAGAUCAUUAGCGAGAAGCUCACAACAAAUUGUAUGUGAUCACGACGCAGUCAGAAUUGCAGUCAAUUGCAGUCAACUGCAGUGUCGAAGUCAGUCAAAGUGUGAUGUUCGUCUAAAGUUCACCCUGUCAUCCUCGUAAACGAGAGUGCGAUGAGUGCGAGUAUGAAGGAAACGGUGCACAAUUUGAGCAACGUCGUGAAUAACGAGCACGGAAGUGAAGAGCAGACAGUUAUCUCUGAGGAGUCACCAGCCAAGCAGAAGUUAAGGAGCUGGCUGAACCGACAUCUGCGUAUUGAGAUGACUGAUGGGAGGGUGUUGAGAGGGGCAUUUUUGUGCACAGAUCGUGACGCCAACGUUAUUCUGGGCUCGUGCACCGAAUAUCUAUCUACCGAGCACACAGAAGCGAGAGUUUUAGGCUUGGUGAUGGUGCCUGGUCGACACAUUGUUUCGAUACAUUUAGAUGCUUGAGGCGCUACUUCCUCGCAAGUCUGUAAAUACUCUCUACUGUUUAUUUAUUAUAUUGACAUGUGUGCUGUGUGUUAAAUAUUAUACGAUUAUAUUGUAUAUAUAUAUAUAUAUAUAUAUAUGUCUUUAUAUUUUGAAGACUUGAUUUUUAUAUGAUACAAGUAAAUUUGUGAAAAAAAUGAGAGUUUAAAUCAUGUUGUUAAUUAUUGGUAUAUUCUACACUUAUAUUGAACAUAUUUAUAUUACACCUUAUUGAUUUUAUCAAAGAAAAUUUUUAAAUAUUAUUAAUGCAAAAAUCUGAUUUUUGAAUAGAUGACUAGAUUAAAUGGAA